UGGAAGAGGACCCCUAACCCUAAUUGAUGCUCAGCCGCCACCACAAGAAACUACCCCUAGCCGCCAUCGUCGGUGUCGGGUCCGACCGCUACCUCCUUGACGUUGAAGAUGGAGUCCACCGCACCCAAGAUCGCCGGCGAAGCUGCUGCCAGCGACGAAGAGCAGCACAAGGAUGCCAGCAGCGGGCUGUCGCUGCCCUCCUCCGGUGAAACGAGCUAUGUUCGCCACUGUGCAAGUCGUGUGUGUGGAUACGAAGUUCUCGGGGCUGCCGGUGGUUUUAGAUCAUCGUUUUUGGUGUUUCCGAUCGGCACCUGCCACCGUAGUGGCUGUAUUGGGAGUAAUUCGGUGUCCAGCUCGUGUUUACGAGUGCGUGUGUAUGUUUGCUCGGCUGGGGACAAAGAAAAACCACCGCCACCAUCGGGAGGUGGUGGCUAUCAUCGUAACUGCUGCUGCUGCUGCCGUUUUUGUGUUACUGCCGCCGCCUUGAGCCGUCAGACCGGGAAUCUGUCAUCCAGCAGCUGGGGUUGA